UGGUGCGUUCUUCCACAACUCUCGAAAAUGUCGACCCUCGACCACGGUUAAAUCCGCGUGUAAAGUCUAUUCUUUCAUCGAAAUCACGACCUUUCGGUCACGAAACAAAAGUCAAAGACACAGGAGGGACGAUCAUUGUAAAAAGUUUACGUGACGAGUGUUGUUUAGGUGUUUCGUUAAUUGCAAGUGCUUCGUUUAACAGUCUUCUUAUACAGUUGCUUCUUAUACAGCUGUUUCGUACAACGUUUUCCAUAUUGUUACUUGCAAGUACGACAAGACGUUGCAAGUAUUCCUCGUUGUUUUAAUAGUUUUAUCGAUUUUGUUGGCGAAUCAUUCAGACGUGGUUCUUCACUGUAACUGAAAUCAGGGUUCUUCGGGGAAGAACGUGAUUCACGUAAAGUGCACGUUAUUGCGUGUAUGAAUUACUUUACGCGGGAAAAAGUAUUCUCGAAGAAUGUAUUAAAUGAACGAUCGAUGGACAACCGCGCAAAAGCAUGUAUUGCUUCAUGAUUUUGCGGUACUGAAUGACUCUGCGAUCAGAAUGCCCUUUGCAGGACAAUGGUGCAAAGUAUGGAUUUAUUUCGGAUUCGUUUUCGCGUGGGCAAAGGGUGCGCGUCCACGCUUUGAUACCUCCACGGACAUGGGAUUAGUUCUAGUUCCAGCGGAUGCUGAAGUAGAUUCUGUCAUUUUUCGACUUCGCGCCACUGACCAGGAUGCAGAUUUCCCACUUGUUUUUGAAAUAACUGGUAAUUAUAACGAACCUGUUGUAAGGAUCGACAACCUGCCGUGCACGCUGUAUAACAAAGUGUGUCAAGCUAAUGUAAUACUAACGAAACGGCUAAUGCCCGGUCGCCUCCACGAUUUUGCUGUUAGGGUUAGGGACACGAAAGGAGAUUCGAACUCGAUGCAAGCUACUAUUUCUGUUACGAACGCAACCACCCUUCGUGAUAAAAUAUUCCCGCACAUACCCUCUCUGAUAAUGGUACCCGAGGAUACUAAACCAGGUAAAGAAUUAGAUUAUCUUUUAGUAAGAGCUAAUUCUUGGAGUGGAAAACCCGUUUAUAUCGAACUGUGGCAACCAAAAGAACUUUUCACUAUAAGACAGCGCCAGACACCCACGCAAACACGAGGAAUAAUUACACUAACUGGAGAAUUAGAUUUCGAAACGCAAUCCAUGUACACUCUUACUAUGUAUGCUACGGAUCCCUAUACAGAGCAGGGAAAAGAUACUAGAAAUAUUGCAGGCUUAAGCGUUGUUGUGAUAGUUCAAGAUGUUCAAGAUGUUCCUCCAAUUUUUACGCUAGCCCCUCCCCUCACAAGGAUUAACAAUUCUGUACAACCUGGUGAUAUAAUACUACGAGUGCACGCAGAAGACGGAGAUAAAGGUGUACCGCGUGAGAUCGUGUACGGUCUCGUAUCUGAAGGCAACCCCUUUACGCCAUUUUUUAACAUCUCCGAAACAAAUGGUGAAAUAACUCUUGCCAAACCAUUGGAGGAACUUACCCAAAUUACGCACGUUGGAGCACCCGUUGUACUUACGGUGGUUGCUGAAGAAAUAAGAAGAAGCAGAGAAGAACCUCCUGCCCAAGCCACAGUCGUUGACGUUGGUUUUCUUCUUGGGGAGCCGGGAAAUAGUCCACCAUACUUCGAGAGCGAUAAUUACGUUGCUACGAUAGACGAAAAUCCUGAGCCGGGGACCGUGAUAAAUUUUGGUGAGCAAUAUUCAGCCAGAGUGAAAGACGAAGAUAUUGGAAAAGCCGGGGUGUUUGCGUUAAAGUUGGAAAAUAACAAUAAUACGUUUGAAAUAAAUCCGACGGUUGCAGAACGCAAUGCAGACUUUGUUAUAACCGUUCGAGAUAACACAUUCAUCGAUUAUGAAUUAUACAAAGUUUUAUCGUUCAAGAUUGUAGCUCAGGAGGUUGGUCCAGCCACGAAUCUAUCAGCGUCAGUGCCAGCUACAAUAUUUUUAAGAGAUAUAAACGAUAAUCCGCCAAUAUUUGACGAACAAUCAUACGAGAUAACGUUAUCUGAAAACGUAACUGCGGGUUCACGCGUGAUUCAGGUGCACGCAACUGACAAAGAUACAGGUGUUUAUGGCAGUAUCCGAUAUACCGGUAUAACAGGAGAAGGCAGCCAAGCUUUCACUAUGGAUUCAGACACCGGAUUAAUAACUGUCGCUAUGGGCUCUUCCUUAGAUCGUGAAGUUGCAGCAAGACUUGUAUUAACCGUUGAAGCUCGGGAUGAAAAUGGCAAUGGCAACAGUGGCGUUGUUCCUUUAAUAGUUAAUCUACUUGACGUGAAUGAUAAUGCACCAAUAUUCGAGAAGGACGUUUACGAGUUUAUGUUGAACUCUGAUCUAACUAAUUUUACAUCACCAGCUUUGAUAAAGGCGAUUGACGCUGACGCAGAGCCACCCAACAACGUAGUUAGAUACGAAUUAGUUUACGGAAACUACGGGAAGAAAUUCGAUUUAAACGAAACGAGCGGUGAAUUAAUACUUCUGUUGCCGAUUACGAAAUUCAGACAAAAGAAACAGAGCGCAUACGAGAAAUUUUCGAAGAAAGCUAAAACGAAAUUUGUCAAUAGUCAAGAAGAAAUACGAAACGAUUUCUUAAUGGUGACUAGAAAUGUGAAUGAAUCUACGAGGAUUAAUUUGGGAAAUUUAACGAAGGAAAUGUCGACGGAAGUUAUAAAGAAACGACGAAAACGAGCUGACGACGAUGCACUGUACACUCUCACUGCCAGAGCAUACGAUCUAGGUGUACCUCAUCUUUCAAGUACAACAAAAAUUCGGAUCCUCAGUGGAAUCGCAAUGGAAGCACGCAUAAUGAUGUUCGUGGUGCCAGGAGAACAGCCGAACUCAACGAAAACUGCUGAAACUUUAGCUGCUAUUACAGGUGGUCGAGUGACUGUGUUAGAAACGCGACCUUAUAUUCAACGGAAUGACACUGGAAGUACAGGGAUUCUUCCUGGAGGAGGAAAAAAGAGUAUUAUCGUGGCUCGCGUCGAGCAAACGGAACCAGGUACGUCUUUGGUAGACGUAGAAAAGAUUCGAGAAGCUUUAGCUGCGAAUGGAGUCGGGAUCAUUGCUGGAAACGCGAUUAUGAACACGAGUAUACAUAUCGACAAUACAAACGCUCCUGUUGAUGAAACUCCACGUCAUACAAAUGUCAAUGAUGGUCAAACGACUCUUAUUAACAAUACUAUUGCUGCUGUUCCAAGCGAAGAAGUGACGGUGUACAAAGCAGAAAACAAAUUAUUAUUCUGGCUUCUGAUAAUCCUGGUGUUACUUAUACUUUUGGCCAUUGCCGCGUUAAUUAUCUGCUGCAUAUGUCCUGGAUGUCCUUUUUAUAUGGCACCCAGAAAAAGACGAGUACAUUCGUCAGAAACAUUGGUCGUACGAUCAAAUGGAAGACCAAAACGACAUCUUCAUCGGCAGCCUGCGGUAGCUACCGAAGUAUCGUGGAAUGGAAGGAAACAGGCGUGGAGUGCUGAUCCAACAAGAAGAAAUUGGCAAUUCAAUAGAAGAAACGUAAAGAAUUGUUCGCUUCCUGGCGACGUUGCUUACAUUUCUGGGCAACCAAACGACGUUCAAAUGAACCUCGAAGCUCAAAGAUUAAGAGAUGGACAUUCUUACGGUCACUCGAGGAAGAGCAGAAUAAAUGAACAAGAAAGAAUGUACAUGGAGGAUGUGGAGGAUCAAAAGGCAAGAGGUUAUCGUACUGCGGAAUUAGACUCUUUGCAACGACAUGAGAUGGAAAGAGGUUCCGAUCUGCAACAUCAAGCUUAUAGGCAAAGAUUCGUGGAAGCCGACAUGAACGAAGAACCAACUGUCAGAGAGCAACAUUUCUACCGCGAAGGAAACGCUGAGGUCUUACGGCUAGUGACACGAGGACAAGUGGAAGAUACGACAAGCCAUCUUCACCAACCUCAUCAUCAUCGCCCAACAGCCUUGAUCGUAGAUGGCAAGGAUAUAAUUCUGCAAAGAUUCAUAGAAGACCAGAAGUCGAGGCACGAGUUGUCGAUGCAGGACAUCGAAGCAGCUCGUAGCAUGGAAUCGCAUCAACGAUCGAAAGAAGUAUGUCAGCAACAACAGCCAGAGAUAAUCCUGAUACCGGACAGGUUGGAUCUCGGUCAUAGGCAGCACAUCGAAGAAAUAGGACCUAACGUGCAGAGGCUAGUGAUCGAUCACGGUGACUACGGUUCGCAAAAGAUAGAGCAAGAAUCUCUAAGGGAAUCUCAGAUGAGAGAAACUAUGAGGCAAGAGAAGCAAGAGGCUGUUGCAAGUGGUGCUCCAAUUGCUGAAAGACCGCCGGUCGUUACCACAGAUCACGUUCAAGCAAAUAGCAGCCAGUAUCCGUUUCACGACUUGGAGCUAGCAAGACAAAACGCGCUAUUGACUCGGUUACUACUCGAAAGAGAAAAUCGUCGUGCAGGAGGCGGUGGAGUGGACUCCACGAGUUACUUAGAAACGCAAAGCCUUCCCGGACAAGUAGCGAUCGCUACUCAAACCGACAGAACAGCGGCCACUCAAACGGAACGUCAGGUGAAAAGCAGAAGCGACAACGACGAAUCCGACGAAGAGUCAAGACACAGGAAAAAAUUGAAGUCUAGGAAGAAGUACGGCGAUGGAGAUUGGAAAAGGUCUAGAACUCUAUGGAUGAAGUCGCCGAUCGAAGAAGAAGUGAGUCCUUGUUUCGAUAAACGAUUGAGCAUUCUGAGGAAAAAAGUGAGGGAGGUGAAAGAAGGCAGGAAGAUUUCUCUGGAGCCGGAUGUGCUGAGGGAAAUUUCGGAUUCUUUGGAUGGAAACGGAAGUUCGUACAAAGGCGAAGAGGACGAAACGAUGCGGAGUUAUCAAAAGACCGAACGCACGAGCAUCAGUUAUAAGAUUCUGAACGAGAAGGAGACUGGCUCGCAAUCUUCCGAGGAGAUACGUAAGGAGAGGCACGAGAAAAGUUGCGAGGACGUGACUGACGAUCAAAAGAUGAACGUCACUGAGUCCACUUCCUCGCCAGAAAUAAAAGUUCAACGUGAAAAGUACGUCCGCGAGAAGGCAGACGGCAGAAGUCCGAAAAAGGAGGGAAAAUCGAAGACGCAGAAAAAGUCAGAUGGCGUGAUAAAGCCGAGUUUCAGGAUUCUUGAGAAAGAGUUUACAAUGCUAACGAAGAAACUGAGCAAACUGGGUGACAAAAAAUUUCAGGAGAGCACUGGCAGCGACAGCACGAGCCAGGAGAAGUCGGACUCGUUUGCGAAAGAGCCGAAAAAGGACUUGGAUCAGAAAAGCGCGAAGAAGAUGGAUUCCUCGAGUUCUCAGAAACAAGCAGCUGAAUGUACCGCGAGCUCGUUGAAGGCCGAGCAGAAAGGAAAACAGAAGAAGGAGUCAGCCAUAGCUAAAACGAAACAAAAGCUGAAAUAUCAACAGAGUCAAGUGAUGAGUACGGGAAGUUCCGAGUUCGACGAUGCUCUUGACAAACCGAAGAAAUUUUGCGGAACUCGUCACGAAACCGUGAAACAGAAGCAACCAAUUAGCACUCAAGGUCACGCGAAAGUGAAACGUCAAACGCAUAUGGAGCGACGAGAACCUAAAAAGCAAAUGUCCGAAUUUCGAGACGAAGAAGUUGAGAAGCGAAAGGAAGGACCCUCGAAGGAAACACCAAAGGCUGAAUUAAAGUCUGAGAGGAUUGGGAAAAUGAUGAUAAAAGCACCGAAACUGGGUACUAUAUCUCGUAAACAGAACAUCGCUGAAGAAACCAGUACCAGUACAGAAGAAAGAAGAGGAGGAAGAGAUGCGUUUGCUCCAAGAGAUUUCGAAAAGAAAAGCAGUACCGAGUUUUCAGAAGGAGAUUCAAAUGGCGUACAGCAACGCGUGGUAGAAAGGUUUCCAAAGAAGAUAAUUGAAAAAUUUAGCGACGACUUCGUUGAAGAACCGAAGAAAGAAAUCGUGAAACAACAAGCAACAAUUUCUACGGGAGAAGAGCAGGAUACAACGAACGUAGAAAAACACAAGAUUGUUACAGAGAAAGAAUUAUGUAUUCCUGACACAAUACAGGUGUCAAAAAAUGGGUUGAAGUGGAUUCGAGAUACAUUCGAAGAACCUGUGAAAUGUGAUGAUUCUACGGCUCAUGCUAAAGAAGAAUUUAUUAGAGGUUUUACGGCUAUUGAUACGAUGGCUGCAACUAAGAAGGAAGAGCUCAGUGAAACUAUCGUACGAGAUCGGCAAACUGAUAAAACUUCGCCUGAAAAAGAACCUAUGGAGAGUAUAAAAUAUAGCGACACAGCUGAAAAAAAAGAAAGUACGCAAACAGAUAAAUUAACGAGCGAAGCUGAAAAAGACAUAGCUGAACAUAUAAAGGAUAAAUUAGAAGAUUAUAAGGAAGAAGAUAAAUCAUUAGAUGAGUCCAAAGAGCAAAUUGAAAUGAUACCAGUGCGCGAGUUAGAAGAGCGGAAACAAGACGAUAAAGAAGAUGAUAAAUACGAGUAUUUGGAGCAGAAAAUGAAAAAGCUGUCAAAAGAUGUUGGGGAAGAGAGUGUAGUUUUAAAAGAGCUUAAGAGGGCAGAAGUAGAAUAUAGAGCUGAAGGAAUUUCUACAGGAAGGGAAGAAGCAGAAAAAGAACUAGAAGUCGAAGUUGAUGCUCUUAAGGAAGAAGAACGUAGUGAUAAAGUAGGUACAGUGCAAAAGAUCGAAGAACCAGUUGAGAAAUAUACAGAAACUGAAAUGCCAAGUAAUGGACAGGACAGUGUGAGACAAGAUGUGGCAGAUGAAUCAAAAAUACGUGGGAAAAAAGAUAAAACAGAUAAAGCUAAUGGAGAAGAGGAAAAAUCAGUAAAACACGUAGAUGGUUCAAAAUUAGAUCACGCUACUAUCGAGGAGAAGGAAGGUCCAAUGCAAGCAACAUCUAGUGACCAGGAGAAAAAAAAGAUCGACUCAGACACAAUUGAAGUUCCCCGUGAAAAAGAAACUACGUCAAUGAAUGAAACUUACGAUCGAAAAGUCGAAGAAAAUGUUUUUUUAGAUACACAGAAAAAGUACGACGAAGACGUUACAAGAAUUAAACCUGUUGAUCAAAUUGUAGAAAGUACUUUCGUAGAUGAAGAUAAAGAAGGCAUUAGUGAUAAAAACGAAGUCAUGGUGAAAGCUACAACUGAGGAUGACAAAGCUGUUGAAAAGGCAAGUGAGGAUUAUAAAAUUACUGAAAAAGUAACUGAGGAUCAAAAAUUUGAUAAGAAAAUAAUGGAUGAUCGUAAAAUUUUUCCAGAAGCAACUAUGGAUCAAGAAGUUGGUAGAGAAAUAAAUAAGGAUCAGAAAAUUGAUGAACAAGCGAGGGAAAUCGAUCAAAUUACUCGAGAAGAAACUUUUGGGGAUCCCAAAAUUAUCGAAGAAGCAACGAAAGAUCAAAAAAUGGAUAAAGAAAUAACCAAGGGUCAGAAAGUUGAUAAAGAAACCACUAAGUUUACAAAAAUGGAUACAGGAAUGAAAGAGGAUGAUAAAAUUCUUGAUAAGACACCAGCGGACCAUAAAAUUAUUGCAGUUACUGGAGACAAAAAGACUUCUAAAGAAACAACUGACCUUGAAAUUGCUGAAACAGUAAUUCCAGAUGAUAAAAUUGUUAUAGAAACAACUGAAGAUCGGAAAAUUGAUGAAAAAGCAGCAGGGGGGUAUAAAAUUUCUAAAGAAGCUACCAUGGACAAAGAAAUGACUAAAUCGACAACUACAGAUUAUCAAAUUGGUAAAGACACAAAGAACGAUGAUGAUAUUGCUGGAGAACCAACUGCAGAUCAGAAAAUUGAUAAAGAAACAAAGGACGAUGAUGAUAUUGCAGGAGAACCAACUGCAGAUCAGAAAAUUGAUAAAGAAACAAAGGACGAUGAUGACAUUGCAAGGGAAUCAACUGCAGAUCAAAAAAUUGGUAAAGAAACAAAGGACGAUGAUGACAUCGCUGGAGAACCAACUGCAGAUCAAAAAAUUGAUAAAAAAACAAAGGACGAUGAUGACAUCGCUGGAGAACCAACUGCAGAUCAAAAAAUUGGUAAAGAAACAAAGGACGAUGAUGAUAUCGCUGGAGAACCAACUGCAGAUCAAAAAAUUGAUAAAAAAACAAAGGACGAUGAUGACAUCGCUGGAGAACCAAUUGCAGAUCAAAAAAUUGGUAAAGAAACAAAGGACGAUGAUGACAUCGCUGGAGAACCAAUUGCAGAUCAAAAAAUUGGUAAAGAAACAAAGGACGAUGAUGACAUCGCUGGAGAACCAACUGCAGAUCAAAAAAUUGGUAAAGAAACAAGGGACGAUGAUGACAUCGCUGGAGAACCAAUUGCAGAUCAGAAAAUUAUAGAAACAGUUGAGAAACAAGACACUGAAGAAACUAAAUAUUAUGAAACUGUUGAAAAAGCAACUGAGGACUUCAAAAUUACUGAACCAGAAGCUACAUAUCAUAAACUGGUUGAAAAGACAACUGAGGAUCACACAAGCAUUGGCGAUCUCGGAAUUUUAACAGAGACUAUCGUUGAUUUCAUUGGUAAAGAGAAAGCAUCCGAUGGGGAGAAGAAAAUUUCAAUGGAAAUCGAUAAGGACAAAGUUAGUGAAAAAGAAGCUAUUUUUUUAGAUAAAGAAAAGGUGCCUGGUGAGCAAGCAGGUACUACAGAUCUUAAAUCGGAUGAUCAGCAAAUAGACAAAGAGGAUGUUCUAAAUGGGAAAGAAAAAACCGUAGAUAUUACGCCUGAUAAUGAAAAUGAAAAAAGAAAAAGUAGUUCUACCAAAGAAAAGGAAACUUCUGCAAAAAAAGAAGUUACGAAGGAACCAGUUAGUAGCGACGAUCACAAAAUUAGUGAGAGAGAUGUUUCUAUUGACACGAAGGAGGAAACACGUGUUGAAGAUGAAAAAGAAAUUGUAAAAAGCGAAGAAACCAAAGAACAAGCAAGUAUUAUCGACGAUGAAGAGAAGGAAAAAUAUCACGAUAAAGAAGAAAAAAUAAUUAUAGAGACUGUAAAAAUUGAUGACCAUCCGAUCGAAGAAAAAGAAAUUAGUAAAGGAAUGCAAAAAAUAGACGAUUCCAAAGCCACUGAGAAAGAGAGUACAGAAACAGAAGAAACUGAUGACAGUCAAAUUCCUGUCGAGGGAAUUGUCCCAGAAACUUCAGAAAUUAAACAGCAAAUUACAAUUGAAAAACAGGAUGAUACAUCAACGAUUCAAGAUUAUCAGAUCGAUAAAGAAGUUAUUCCCAUGAAAAUACCUGAUGACACCACUGAAGAAAAAGAUGAUUCGUCAAAAAGAUCAAUCACUGAGAAACAAGAUAGUGAAAUAACAAAGGACUCGAUAGAAAUGCCUACUUUGAUCGAUAGUGAUAUGAAAGAAGAAAGUCCAAUGGAGUCAUCAGCUGUUGAUGAUCAUACUGAUAAGACAGUUGAUGUCUUCGAUACAUUAACGAAUGGCAAAGGAUCGAUAAUUCCAAGUACUGAAAAAGAAAUUGCAACUAUCGAACAAUCAUCUACAAACGAUAGAAUUAUCGAGAAAGAAGUUGCUUCGUUAUCUUUCGACAACAAAGAAGAGAAAGAAAAGAAUGGAGUCCAAAUUUCGAAUAUUAGUAAAUCUCCGACCCCUCAAACAGAUGGCGAGUCUGGGACACUCGUGGAACCACCAGUAGACGAUAAACAAACGAAAGAAGACGCGAGGAAAGAUAAAAUUAUUGAUCUCUCGGAUGGUGACAAAAUAAUAUCAACUUCAAAGGAUGCGGCAGAAAAGGUUGAGCAAAUUAAUGUUCUUGAAGAAGCAAAGGGAGAGGAAUCCGACGAAAAGAUAAAAAUCGAUGACUCCUCGAGAGAUGAAGCGACAAAAUUAGUGGCAGAAGAAUCUGUCGAAAAAUCAGAAAUUGGUAAACCUUUAAAGGACGAGACAGCAUCACCGGCGAAAGAAAGACAAGACACCGCCAAGGAGUUAUUCGAAAAAACGCACGAAGUGAGCAAGGAACCCGAGAAACUUUCGAAUAAUGAAACAGCAGAUAGCAAACUAGCACGAACUACCGAGAAGGUGGAGCAAUUGCGCGAACCGUCGGGUAAAGUGAGCAGUAGUUUUCAGGAAAUCGAAUUGGUUGAAACUUCCCCGCAGAUGUACGAGACGACAGAGAAAGAAAAGUUUGCGUUUGAUUCCACUAUACGGAAAGCUUCAACAGAUUCCGGGAAAAUAUCCGAAUCCGAAGAGCAGUUGAAGUCAGAGAGCGAGCAAACUGAAUUACAGGAAGUAGAACAAUUUGUUGAGGAACAAACUUUUACCGUGGAGGAAGCCGACAUUCAGAGAGAGGCAUUUCCGGAGGAACAGUCAAAUAUGGGAUUUAAUGUACUUACGAUUGUCCCCAAUGGCGAAUCAGAUAAGCAGGAUCUAACGAAGCCGAAAAUGGAUAAAACUUUGCCUCUAGAGGAAGAUAUAGUGCAAGAAGAGAGGCAGGAAAUACCUGUUGAGGGAAAAUUUAUAGACGUAAGCCUUCCACUUUUUACAAGCAUAAUAGAUACGGUGGUUGAUUCUGAAGAUAGUGAUUCAUCGAGUGAUAUUUCCAGGAAGACAACGUUAACUACCAGACCGUAUCAGACACCACGACAUCGCGCUCCACAACUUUCUGAGAAAGAAAUUAGUCAAACGGAGGAGGCAACUGGGCUGCAGGACAUGGAAGAUGAGGAACGAGUGACGAUAUCGAUCGAAGAGAUAGAAAAUGAGGACGUAGAAUCUUCGAAGGAAGAGCAAAUGUUCGUGGAGUUUGAAGAUACAAGCGAAACAGAGGAAGAUAAAGAAACUGUAUUAAGGGAAAGGACUAUGGAUAUACAAACGCAUUUUAGUCCGAAGAAAAUAAUCACAGCGACUGACAUAGAAGAUAUGAAGAAAGACGAGAAAACAGAAUCUGGAUGCAGCUUAGAACUGGCUAAAGAAUCCUCGAUCAGUACAAAACUAGAAUCUGGAACGAAGGAGUGCGAUACAAAAGCUGACAGACAAGAUGAAACUCGUGACAAAGAAUGUUCGACUAGUACGAAACAUGUAAACGAUACGAAAAUAGAUUCUGAAACGAGAGGCUACGAUAGAAAGCCUGAUAGGCAAGAUGAGGUUCGUGAGAAAGAAUCGUCGACUAGUACACAACGUGUAAAAGAUACAGAACUAGAACACGAAAUGAAAGACGGCGAUAAAAAUGUUGAUAAGCCAGAUGAACCGUCAUUAAUUUCUAAACUUGCAAAAACCGAGACCUUUAAAGUUACCGAUAGAAGAAUGAAAGAGCUGGAAAAGAAAAGAGUAAUUCAACGAAGGAAGAAAAAAAGUACUUCCGAGGAAUCUUCCGAGGAGAAAGCAACUCAUUUUCACGAUGUAACGAGUCACGGUGGGUAUCGGACACGUAGAAAGCUCCCGGAAGAACAACUGAAGCAAAAAGAUAGCGAUCAAACGAAACAAUCAAGGAAACGAGAUGAGGAGUCACGACGAAAGCAAUCUCUGUCGAAAUUGAAAGCCGAAAAGGACAAAAAAUCAUCCAGUAGCAGCGAGAAAUAUCCAACUCCACCGAAAACUGGAGAAAUCGAUACGAGUAAGACACGACCGAAAUACAUGGCCUGGUACAAAAAGAAUCGAGAAGAAAUGGAAAAGAAACGAGCCGAAUUAAUGGCUACGGACGACGAGGAGCAACUUCCUCGAUGGUUACGAAGGAGUAUGAAAAAUCAAAAAACUGAGAAGGAAGGUAAAAAGUUAUCAAGCCAUAAAACUGCUGACACGACUCCACGGACUAGACGCAAAGUGAAACCUUUGGUAAACGUCGAGUCUGAACAAUUGAAAGCUAUCGUUCGUCAAGGAAGAAAAUUAAGGAGAGCCGAAGGAGGAAAAAACGAAGAUCCACCGGUUCAAAUAUUCGCGACAACGCCACCCUCGACAUCGCAAGAUCCUAAAUAUCAUUUGCUACAACAUUCUGAAUACAAAUACGAAAAGAUAUCUGCGCCAUUUUACCUUCAUCCUCCACCUGUUCCUCAUCCCUCUCCGCAAUUGUCACCAGAACAUUUUGAUAUUCCACCUACGAUGGAACAAGGGUGUACCGGUGAAGAUUUCGAUUCUGGAAUAGCAAUAUCGUUGCAGGGUGGCAACAGGUUGCGACACCAACAAUUAUUAGAAAAGAAAAGUGUAUUUGAUAUCGCUUACAGCGAAGCUGCCCCUUCUCAACUUCGUUCUGACAGUACUACACCUCCGUCUUAAAUUAGUAAUAAUUUGAGAAUCUUUCGUCUUUAUAGAAAACUAUCCUUCUCUGUCGUUUAACGAUUUUUAAAAUAUUUAUUCAGGACGGAUACAUUGUUAAACAUUUUUGAAUAUUUUACGCGACAAUUAACUUUAUACAAUUAAUCAGUUGUUACGGUUUAACAAGUGUACAGGACAAGGUGAGGACAGAUUUAAAUCUAUUAUUAUCGAGCUCUUAAAUGUUAUGAAUUCUAAAAGAAAAAGGAAAAGGACACAAAUUAAACUAAAAAUGACUAAAUUACGCACAAAAAAUGCAGGGUUAAUUAUAACAUAAAGUAGAUUUCAAAAAUUGUCACGUUUUAGAAUUUACACUUUGAUAGAGAAUAACAUGAGACGAAUAUGAAAUUUGAAAAUGCAUUUAAUCAUAAAAUUUGAAAAAACGUUCAAUUUCGAUCGAGAGUGAUAAGUAUGUAUACAUAGUAUUUACUAUAAAAAUAGCAUUGAAAGGAGUCUGAUAGAGUUUAAUGAAUUUUACGUAUGUAUAUGUACAAAUUUGAUCAAUAUUCAUUAUGAAAUAAAAAUAUUUAAUAAUAUAAGUAAUUUUAUCUAAAAGAAAUCUAUAAAAUCUAAUAUAAAGAAGCAAACGGAACUAUUCACUAAAAAUUCUAAAAUAUAUUGUAUAGUGCUCACAACGUUUAUAUAAUAUAACAGGUCUCUAAAUUAUAAUAAUAUAGUUUAUUUUAUUUUUAAAUUUCAAACUGUGACACUUUUCAAUUUAAUAAUUUUAAAGCAUAAAUAUCUUAAUAUCGUUUUAUAGAAGGUGGUAAAAUGGUAAAAUUGUCCCACUAAUAUCUAUAAAAGCAUAAGAUGGAAUUUAAAAAAAGGUAUGUCCAUGCUUUUCAGAAUGUUUAAAAAUUAAUUAAUUAAUUUACAUAAUUCUGUCUUACAAUAGAUUUUUGCGUCUGUUUUAAGUAUGUCGCUAGUCUCAGUUUUGUGAGAUACCCUGUAUUAUUACGUUAAAUAUGUCGGAAACCAUUAUACAUAUUCUUAUUCUUUUAUUGUUUAAUGAAUAUUAAUAGUAUUCUAUAAAAUCGAUAGUACGUGCUUUUAUCUGGUACAAGCUAAGUUGCUUUAUCCGAAAGCCGAGUUUUUAUAACUCGUAAAGAUAAUUUAUGAACCCAGGCAAUUGUUACAACCAACCUCAUUAAUUCUAAUUGAUUACGCGACGAGCUGGUUGAUUAUACUGAAUGGAUUACAUAGUGACUAAUUAUGGUCAUAAAACCACUUAUAGUACUCGUACGAUUUAUUGUUCAUUCUCUUUUAUUUAUUGAAUCAAUUUUAAAGAAAUCUGUACAAAUUCUUAAAAUGUACUAAAAACUGUACAAAACAACACUACAUUACUCGCAUUACUCUAUCAGAUUCCUGCUUUCAAAGAAAUUACUUCUUUAUAACUGGUUUUUUCAAAAAUGAAUACUACUUUAAAGAACAAUUUUGUUAACGUUAUCGUCGUCCGAAGAAAAAAGAUAUAUUGUUUCGAUGACCAAUUUUAGAUUAUAACUAUUAUUCCAAUAUUACGAUGUUUAUA